AUGACUGCCCUACUACAAACGACAUAUCUCGGCCAAGUCCAAGGCAAAAAUAUUGAUGGCGUCACGCAUUAUCGCGGCAUCAAAUAUGCUUCUCUGAGGAAUAGGCUCGCAGAUGCAGAGCUCAUUACCUCUAGGUCACCUAAUAACGGUAUUUUAGAUGCAACAAAAUACGGGCCAACGGCUGCGUCCCCGGUCAAUGGAUGUGAUCUUGAACAAAGUUUCGUCCAAAAGGCAUUACCAAAACAGGAACUGCCGCAGUCUGAUACAGAAUGUCUUAAUCUGAACAUUGCCGUGCCAGAGGGAACGACCUCUACCUCAAAGCUCCCUGUUUUGUUGUUCAUACAUGGCGGUGGUCUGCACAUUGGAGCCAACUCAUGGCCACAGUUUGACUGGACUCGAGUAAUCAAGUUGUCGGUUGAGAAGGGGGUUCCUAUUUUGGCUGUGGGACCAAACUAUCGUCUCGGUGCAUUUGGAUUCAUGACUUCGGAAGAACUUCGUGCCGCAGGAUACAAAGCAAACAAUGGUUUCCGCGACCAAAGGACUGCAAUAGCAUGGGUGCAUAGGCACAUUCGCGACUUUGGUGGAGACCCAGAUAAUAUCACACUUGCAGGAAUGAGUGCCGGUGGAGGCUCAACCACACAACACCUUCAUUCCACUACCCCUUUAUGCAAACGCGCUCUCUCAAUGAGUGGGACAAAUAUUCUCAUGUACCCUCUGCCAUAUGUAUUACAUGAAAGAAACUACGAAACGGCUAUCAAAGCGUGGGGUCUCGAUAAGCUCUCGCCAGAAGAUCGUGUCAAGGCGAUUAUCGAAUCACCAGCUGCAGAGCUGGUAGCGAAGCUUCCUCCCAGUGUCGCUCCUAGCUUCGCCGUGGACGGCGACUUGAUUCCCAAUCCGCCAACUUUUGCUCAAAUCUCGGAUAAAUCUACGGCUAGCUAUCCCGUUGGAAAGAGUUGGUGCAAAGAGAUACUUAUAGGAGAUGCUCAACAUGAUUCUAGUAUACUCGGCCAAACUCUUGGGUUUCAAGCCAAAAAUGCUGCAUCGCGUUUUAUAGGCGCUCUCACCAGUGUCCUUUCCGCAUACCCAGCUGAAAUCUCGUCGCAAAUAUUGGACUCGUACGGAAUAUCCUCAACAACGCCGGAUAAGGACGCAUUCGACCGUAUUCUCGAGUUCUUGAAUGAUAUAUUGUUUCAUGCGCCGGUCCUCGCAUAUGCAGCGGGGUGGCCUGAAGACGGCAAUGCAUACGUAUAUUACUUCAACGAGGAAAACCCAUUCGAAGGUCCCUCAAAGGGCCGGGCAACGCACAUUCUAGACUUGGCCUAUUUCUAUCAGAAUUAUAAUGACUACCUCACGCCGCAGCAGCAAGAGGUCGCACGAGCUUUUGCUGAAGAUCUCAUCAGGUUCGUUGCUGGACAGGCACCAUGGGAGCCCUGCAAGGACCUUGGUGAGGGUUUCAGAGCGAGGAUCUUCGGCCCAAGUGACAAGCAGCAGGUGAGACGAGUUGUAAAGGAUGCAUAUGGCGGCGAGAGUCAGAGAAGAGACGUGAUUCCCAGGCUUGCUCGCGAGCAGGGUGUACACUUGGAUGCUUUGGCGGGAGUAUUCCCUGCUUUUUUGAGUAGUUUCUCGCCGUAGGUAGCACUGUUUGAUAUUGAUUAUACACUGCUACUAUUG